AUGGCCGCUCUACCUAUCAAGUUCACCGAGCUGAUUCAGCUCACGGCGCUCAACAUUGACCCCAAGUCAUUUGGUUUCAACUCCUGUACAUUAGAAUCAGAUCGCUAUGUCUGCGUUUGCGACACUGCUUCGGGCGAGGUUGUUAUUGUCGACCUCAAGAACAACAACAGUGUCGUCCGCCGCCCUAUCAAGGCCGACAAUGCAAUCAUGCACUGGUCCAGGGACAUCAUCGCCCUGCGUGCUCAGCAGCGCACCCUACAAAUCUUCGACCUGGGCGCAAAGGCCAAGCUCAAGUCGACCACCAUGAACGAGGACGUCGUCUUCUGGAAGUGGUACAGCGACAAGAGCUUGGGUAUGGUCACAGAGACUAGCGUCUACCAUUGGGAUAUCUUUGACCCCAGCCAGACCGCCCCUGUAAAAAUGUUCGACCGCAACUCUAACCUUGGUUCUCAGAUCAUCAACUACAGAGUCAGCCAUGACGAGAAGUGGAUGGUUGUUGUCUCGAUCUCGUCGGCACAAGGUCGCGUCGUCGGGAACAUGCAACUCUACUCUCGCGACCGUGGCAUCUCGCAGGCAAUCGAGGGUCACGCUGCUGCUUUCGGUACCAUUCGCUUGGAGGGCGCACCUGCCGACACAAAGGUCUUCACUUUCUGCAAUCGCACUGCCUCAGGCGCCAAGCUCCACGUCGUCGAGAUCGACCACCAGCAAGGCAACCCCGUCUUCCCCAAGAGAGCCGUCGACGUCUACUUUCCGCAAGAAGCCGCCAACGACUUCCCUGUCUCGAUGCAGGUUUCGGAGAAGUACAAGGUCAUUUAUUUGGUGACCAAGUACGGUUUCAUCCACCUGUACGACUUGGAGACUGGUACCGUCAUUUUCAUGAACCGCAUCUCGAGUGAGACUGUCUUCACCACCUGCCCCGACAGCGAGUCUUCUGGUAUUGUCGGAAUCAACCGCAAGGGUCAGGUCCUGUCCGUUAGCCUUGACGAGAACACCGUUAUUCCUUACCUGCUGCAGAACCCCGAGAACUCCGAGCUUGCUUACAAGCUGGCUUCGCGCGGUGGCCUGCCCGGUGCCGACCAGCUCUACCAACAGCGUUUCGAACACCUCCUGAACUCUGGUCAAUACGCCGACGCCGCAAAGACCGCCGCCAACUCUCCCAAUGGCUUCCUCCGCACACCUCAGACUAUCGAGCGCUUCAAGGCUCUGCAAGCUCAGCCCGGACAACUUUCUGUCAUUCUCCAAUACUUCGGUAUGCUGCUCGACAAGGGCAAGCUCAACCAGCACGAAACCAUGGAAUUGGCCAGACCUGUUCUGCAACAAAACCGCAAGCACCUUCUCGAGAAGUGGAUGAGCGAGGGCAAGCUUGGUUGUUCUGAGGCACUAGGUGAUAUCGUUCGUCUGCACGACUUGAACUUGGCCAUGCAGAUCUACAAGGAGGCCGGCAACCCUCAAAAGGUCAUUGCCGCCAUGGCUGAGUCGGGCAACUUUGACCAGAUCCUCUCAUACUCCAAGGAGACUGGCUACACACCUGAUUUCAACGGUCUUCUUCAGCACAUCGUCAGAGUCAACCCCGAGAAGGGGGCUGAGUUCGCCACUGCUCUGGCCAAGGAGGACGCCAACCUCAUCGAUACCUCUCGUGUCCUCGAUGUCUUCAUGGCUCAGGGCAUGAUCCAGCAAGCUACUGCAUUCGGUCUUGACGUCCUUUCGGCUAACAGAGAAGAGGACGGUCCUCUCCAGACUCGCCUGAUUGAGAUGAACUUGAUGAACGCUCCUCAGGUUGCUGAUGCCAUCCUUGGUAAUGAGAUGUUCACCCACUAUGAUCGCUCUCGCAUUGCCACCCUUUGCGAGCAGGCUGGCCUGUACACUAGAGCUCUGGAACACUACGAGGAUCCUGCUGCUAUCAAGCGCGUCAUUGUCCAGUCUGACAAGAUCCCUGAGGAGUUCUUGGUCAACUUCUUUGGCAAGCUCACUCUUGAGCUGUCUAUGGAGUGCAUGGAUGAGAUGCUGAAGGUCAACAUCCGUCAAAACCUCGCCGCUGUCAUCAACAUCUCCAAGAAGUACUCUGACUUGUUUGGACCUCACCGCAUCAUUGCUCUGCUUGAGAAGUACAGAACUGCCGAGGGUCUCUACUACUACCUUGGUGGUAUUGUCAACUUGAGCGAGGACGAGGAAGUCACCUUCAAGUACAUUGAAGCUGCUACCACUAUGGGACAGAUUCAAGAGGUCGAGCGCGUCUGCAGAGAGUCUAACCACUACAAUGCAACCAAGGUCAGAGACUUCCUGAAGGAGGCCAAGCUCACUGAGCAGCUCCCCUUGAUCAUCGUCUGCGAUCGUUUCAAUUUCGUUCACGACCUUGUCUUGUACCUUUACAAGAACCAGCACUUCAAGUCUAUUGAGGUUUACGUCCAGCGUGUCAACCCUGGCAGAACUCCUGGAGUUGUUGGCGGUCUGCUGGAUGUUGACUGCGACGAGAACAUCAUCAAGAACCUUUUGAGCUCUGUCGACUCGACUGUCAUCCCUAUUGAUGAGCUUGUCUCGGAAGUCGAGUCCAGAAACCGCCUGAAGCUCUUGCUGCCUUUCUUGGAGGCAACUCUCCAGGCUGGCAACCAACAGCAAGCUGUUUACAACGCUCUUGCCAAGAUCUACAUCGACAGCAACAACGAUCCCGAGAAGUUCCUCAAGGAGAACGACAUGUACGACACCUUGACCGUCGGUAAAUACUGCGAGAAGCGUGACCCCAACCUCGCAUACAUUGCCUACCGCAAGGGCCAGAACGAUCUCGAGCUUAUUGAGAUCACCAACGACAAUGCCAUGUUCAGAGCCCAGGCUCGUUACCUGCUUGAGCGUGAGGAUCUCGAGAUCUGGAACUACGUUCUUAGCUCCAACAACAUCCACCGCCGCAACCUCGUCGACCAGAUCAUCGCUACCGCUGUCCCCGAGUCGCAGGAUCCUGAGCGUGUCUCGAUCGCCGUCAAGGCCUUCAUCGAUGCCGACAUGCCUACUGAGCUGAUCGAGCUGCUUGAGAAGAUUAUUCUGGAGCCUUCCGCUUUCAGUGACAACGCUAACCUCCAGAACUUGCUUAUGCUCACUGCCUGCAAGUCCGACCGUGGUCGUGUUGGCAACUACAUCCAGACUCUUUCCGAGUACAGCCCCGAAGACAUUGCCAACCAAUGUAUCGAGGUCGGCAUGUACGAGGAGGCAUUCGAGAUCUAUAAGAAGCACAACAACCAUGCUGCUGCCACUGAGGUUCUUGUUGACCACAUCGUCUCGAUUGAUCGUGCAGCCGAGUGGGCAGACCAGGUUGACACCCCUGAGGUCUGGAGCAAGGUUGCCAAGGCACAGCUUGAUGGUCUCCGUAUCAGCGAUUCCGUCGAGUCUUAUGUUCGCGCUCAGGAUCCCUCCAACUUCAACGAGGUCAUCGAGAUUGCUACUCAUGCUGGCAAGGAUGAGGACCUUAUCAAGUACCUGCGUAUGGCACGCAAGACCCUGCGUGAAACCCCCAUCGACACUGCUCUUGCCUUCUGCUUCGCCCGUACCAACCAACUCAACGAGUUGGAGGACUUCCUCCGCACAUCCAACGUUGCCGACAUCGAGGCUUCAGGUGACAAAGCCUACGAGGAGGGCUUCCACGAGGCUGCCAAGAUCUUCUUCACUAGCAUCUCCAACUGGGCUAAGCUUGCCACUACUCUUGUUCACCUCGAAGACUACCAAGCUGCUGUUGAGUGUGCUCGCAAGGCCAACAGCGUCAAGGUCUGGAAGCAGGUCAACGAGGCCUGUGUUGCUAAGAAGGAGUUCCGUCUUGCCCAGAUUUGUGGUCUCAACUUGAUCGUCCACGCCGAAGAGCUCCAAGACCUUGUCAAGCAAUACGAGUACAACGGCUACUUCGAUGAGCUCAUCUCGCUUUUGGAGGCUGGUCUCGGUCUCGAGCGUGCUCACAUGGGUAUGUUCACCGAGUUGGGCAUUGCCCUCUCCAAGUACCACCCUGAGCGGGUUAUGGAGCACCUGCGUAUCUUCUGGGGUCGUAUCAACAUCCCCAAGAUGAUUCGUGCUUGCGAGGAGGCUCACCUGUGGCCCGAGCUUGUCUUCCUUUAUGUUCACUACGACGAGUAUGAUAACGCUGCUCUCGCUAUGAUGGAGCGUGCUGCCGAUGCCUGGGAGCACCACUCCUUCAAGGACACUGUCGUUAAGGUUGCCAACUUGGAAAUUUACUACAAGGCCCUGAACUUCUACCUGCAAGAGCAACCCUCGCUUCUCACCGACCUCCUCCAGGCUUUGACUCCCCGCAUCGACGUCAACCGCGUUGUGCGCAUGUUCGAGAAGUCUGACAACAUCCCCCUGAUCAAGCCUUUCCUUCUCAACGUGCAGACCCAGAACAAGCGCGCUGUUAACGAUGCCAUUAACGACCUGCUCAUUGAGGAAGAGGAUUACAAGACUCUUCGUGAUUCAGUCGAGAACUACGACAACUACGAGGCAGUUGCCCUCGCCCAGCGUCUUGAGAAGCACGAUUUGGUCUUCUUCAGACAGAUUGCCGCCAACAUCUACCGCAAGACCAAGAGAUGGGACAAAUCGAUUGCCCUUUCAAAGCAAGACAAGCUCUUCAAGGAUGCCAUCGAGACUGCCGCCAUGUCAGGCAAGGGCGAGGUUGUUGAGGAGCUUCUUCGCUACUUUGUCGAUAUUGGCAGCCGCGAGUGCUUCGUUGGUAUGCUCUAUGCUUGCUACGACCUCAUUCCUCUACACGUUGUUAUGGAGCUCUCAUGGCGCCACGGUCUGAACGACUUCACCAUGCCCUUCAUGAUCAACUACAUGUCACAGCAGGCCAUGGCUAUUGACCAGCUCAAGAAGGACAACGAGGAGCGCAAGUCGAAGGAGGUGACUCAAAAGACCGAGACUGACAACACACCCAUUCUCGGAGGAUCGCGACUGAUGCUGACUCAGGGCCCGGUUGCAAGCGCGCCGAGUCCGGCGCCUUACUCCAACGGCGUGAUGGCACAGCCUACUGGAUUCCAACCCACAGGAUUCGGCGGGUUCAGAUGA